GUAAGGAUGUUCAAACUAUCGGAGUUAGUACGCUGGCUAGGCCUGACUGAGUUCGAGAUCCUGGUCAACCUGUGCGGCCUGCUGGUGUUUACCAUAACGUUAGCCUUUAAGAUAUCCGGCACCUUGAAUGAGGUAUUCCCAGAGCUGAUGAAAGACUGGUUCACCGUCUUCAGUCCUUUGUUCUUUAUCGACAUCUGCAAUGCGUACUUCUGCGUCAUUGUAGGCAUCCGCAUGUAUCUGGACUCUGACAACAAGCGAAAGGCGCUGCAUCGCUUCAUGUGGAGCACUUACUUCCUAGUGCUGAUUGCCAUCUUCAAGUAUCUGUUGUGUCUCAAGCUGUCGGGCAGGAAUACGGCGCUGGAAUACAGCGAAGUCUUCUCGCCGAUAUUCGUCUUGCUGCAGUUGGUGGCCGUCCGGGCCUGUCAGCUGCCCAAUUCUAUAUAAAAUACAUCUUUCGACCCAUAGACUUAGAGUAGGUUCUAAGUAACCACUGUAAAAAUAUAAAAUUCAAAAGAA